AGGGUUUUCCAUCGGGCCACGCUUGAAAGAGCUGCCUAGCUAAAGGGAAGUGAUCAAUUGUGUUUGCUUUGCCUAGCGUGCACUACAGGGUUCGCAGAGGGACAGGGAGAGAGUGCAUGAGUAGAGAGAGAGUGUGUGUGUCUGUUAGCAGCAGAGCUAUAGACAGCCUGUGUGAGAAGAUGCGAUUAAGCGAGCCAGAUGGAGAUGGAGAGGGAGAAAUGGAAAGGUACGAGGCGAGGGAGAUUGACCGUGAAGCCCAACUCGGCACGGCCCUCGCAGUCAUCUGGUGUGAGCUGCACUGUCUCCAUGACGACAUCUCCUACAUUAAGGAUAUGAUGCGGAAUCAGAGGAAUCUGGAGGGAUAUGUCGGUUUUGCCAACCUCCCCAACCAGGUGUACAGGAAGUCCGUCAAGAGGGGCUUUGAGUUCACGCUCAUGGUCGUCGGUGAGUCUGGAUUGGGUAAAUCUACGCUCAUCAACUCCCUCUUCCUGACUGACCUGUACUCCAAGGAAUACCCCGGCCCUUCCCUGCGCAUCAAGAAGACUGUCCAGGUUGAGCAGUCCAAAGUCCUGGUGAAGGAGGGGGGUGUCCAGCUUACCCUGACCAUUGUCGACACACCAGGAUUUGGAGAUGCGGUGGACAACAGCAACUGUUGGCAGCCGGUUAUCAACUACAUUGACAAUAAGUUUGAGGACUUCCUGAACGCAGAGUCCCGUGUCAACCGAAGACAGAUGCCUGACAAUCGGGUCCACUGCUGCCUGUACUUUAUCGCCCCCUCUGGCCAUGGCCUGAAGCCUCUGGACAUUGAGUUUAUGAAGCGCCUGCACGACAAAGUCAACGUGAUCCCCCUCAUUGCUAAGGCCGACACACUCACGCCAGAGGAAUGCCAGCUCUUCAAGAAACAGAUUAUGAAGGAAAUCCAGGAACACAAGAUCAAGAUUUAUGAGUUUCCGGACACAGACGAUGAUGAGGACAGCAAGCUUAUCCGCAAAAUCAAGGACCGCAUGCCACUGGCCGUGGUGGGCAGCAACGUGGUGGUUGAAGUCAACGGGCGCAAGGUCAGAGGUCGCCAGUAUCCCUGGGGCGUGGCAGAAGAGGGCAUUUUUGUUGAGAAUGGCGAGCACUGUGACUUCACCGUCCUCAGGAACAUGCUGAUCAGGACUCACAUGCAGGACCUUAAAGAUGUGACCAACAACGUCCACUACGAGAACUACCGCAGCAAGAAGCUGGCCGCUCUCACGUGUAACGGGAUCGACACGAGCAAGACCAAGGGCCAGUUGACAAAGAGUCCUCUAGCCCAGAUGGAGGAGGAGAGGCGAGAGCAUGUGAUGAAGAUGAAGAAGAUGGAGACGGAGAUGGAGCAGGUGUUUGAAAUGAAGGUUAAAGAGAAGAAACAGAAGCUGAAGGACUCUGAGGCAGAGCUUGAGCGGCGCCACGAGCAGAUGAAGAAGAACCUGGAGGCCCAGUACAAGGAGCUGGAGGAGAAGAGGCGCCAGUUUGAGGACGAGAAGGCCAACUGGGAGACCCAGCAGCGCAUCCUAGAACAGCAGAAGCUGGACGCCUCCAAGACCAUGGACAAAAACAAGAAGAAAGGAAAGAUCUUCUAAGAAAAGAGGCCAAGUUUUCACUCCGUUCACUAUUCUUCAGACUAUUUUCUGCUUUUUUAUUUUUUAAUGCUCAACAUGAUGUAUGACCCGCACACACACACACACACACUCUCUCAUGCUCACAUUGGCACGCACACAUACACACAUACACACAUACACACACACACAAACACACACAUUCAGCGCAUUAACAUUUAAUGUACCUCAGACAUUCCAUUUUAACAUUCCAUCGUCGUGUACAUAAUUUAACUUGCUCAGUUGUUUUGGAGAUUUUUCCAUUGGCCUUAUGUAGUGUCAGAGCAGAGCAGAGCAGUUUUAACAGCACACACAGAACCCCUGUUCACUCUCGGCUGGACGUUCAGGGUUGUGUGUAGGUUAGCGAGAGCAUUGCUGAGCAUGACAAAGAGGCAACCCGACCCUCUGCUCCUGAAGCCGCUGUUUCUCGUAUGAUACCUGUUAUGAUUACGAAGCUUUUUUUUUGCCUCCCCAUCUUCUGCCUCCUUCAGUAGCACAGUUGAGCCCUGCGGGAUGAGGCUGCCACUGCUAGCAUGUUUGCAUGUCAGCAGGCACAGUAGCUUAUAUGCACUGUAGCUCUCGCAGAUCAUCCACACAUACUAACACACACUCACAAAAGCAGACACACAUGCCUGACCAUAGUAUGUCUUUUCAAGAGAGAAAAAAACAAAGGUGUUUGAAAGUGUUGAGGAAGGCAGAACGAAUGAAUGAACGAAUGAAUGAACGGAUGAAUGAAUGAUCUUGAAGGUGUUGGGAAUGCCAACUGUGAGGUGGUUCAGCAGGUAAAAAGUGGCACAUGGCAAGUGAAGGGCAUUGUACUGUGGACAUUUUUUUCAGGGUUUGCUCUUUCUCCCACUCAGCAUUUGCAUUAGUGAGUUGGGAGUGUGUGUGUCUGUAUGCGUGUGUUAGAGUGAAUUCAACUGUACAUUACUGAAUUUUGAGAGGUGUCAUAGAUAUUACCUGUCAUUAUUUUUUAGCAUUACUUUUAUUUGCUUUUUUUCCAGUCCUUCCCAAUGCCAUGUUUGUUUGUUUUUUUUCCCCCGUUUUUUUUUUUACGUUACUUUCCAGCAGUAAUGCCUCUCCUUUCGCUGGACGUGUAACCUAUGUCUCCCUGUUAGAUGGUGUUAUGCAGAAUAGCAUGAGUGGCAAAGUAACAAUAACUGAUUUUUAUGACUGUGUUGGUUGCGGUAAAAAUAAUAAUGAUGAAGAUGACGAUGAUGAUGCUAGAUCUACUCAGUCACCCAUCUCCCCAAUCCAUUCCGAGAAACAGUUUUGGGUGGAGGGGUAUGUCCCUUGCUCUUGUUUUUUAUUUUUAUUAUUAUUAUUAUUAUUAUUAUAAUUAUUGAUAUAAUAUUGUGAAGUGAUGGAUCUCGUUUUGAAACCUUACCCAUAGAUUCUUGCCCUUGAGUCAAAAGACUGCGUAGAGAGCUCAGGAUGCACGGGCCUCGGUCCCCUGAACCCAACUGAGGCUCUCCACCCCCACCACCACCCCCACCCCCACCCCCACCUCACCCUUACCCCCACCUCCCCCUUACCCCCACAUCUGACACCUCGCCUCCUGGAGCAACCCUUCCAAACUGACCUUGCCAUUACCAUAGCAACCUGUGUCUUUAUAUGUAGUAUAUAUGAACUGAAUAAUAGUUCUUAUGGUUUAUAUAGCAAACAGCUCACAUACGGUAUGUUCACCCAUAUGUUCUGUAAUAAACACAUUGUCACUUGUUCUCAUACCCACAAUCCACUGGUUGAUCUAUGGCAGCGUCACUAUCUCUUGGAUGGCACAAUGCAAGUGUAAGUAAUUUAUGACUUACAGCCACAUGUGCAAAGACCCAGUACAGUAUAUGGUUGAAUAUUUAUAUAUAUUUUUUUUUUUUGCGCUCCUGUAGUGUAUGGGUGGGUUGCGUUGAUGGUCAGAUCGCUCUAGAGGUCAGAGGUCGUGAGGGGUGGCAGUUGUGCUGGACGGGGAUGAGCCUUUCACACACUCACCGUCUAACCACUCCCACUGCAGUGCCCGGGCCCCUGUUUUAAUGCUAGACCUGAAUAUGACUUUAGCUAUUGUUUUGUUUUUUUUUCGUUUUUAUUAUUGUUAUUAUAAUUUUUUAUAUAUAUAUAUAUAUAUGUAUACGGUUUUCAACUUUUACUCUUUUUUUUUUUUUUUUUCUUCAUUUUAUUAUAAUAUGUUCUCUAUACCUAACUGUAUAUUAUUAA